AUGAAUGUGAUCAUAUAUUAAUCAAUUAAAUAUAUCUAAAUGCAUAUCAUAUUUUAGUGUCUUGUACUAACAUUAUUGAUUAUUACUUCACUAUCUUAAAGUUGUUUAAACUCAGAUGGAAAAGAAGUAGAUUGGUGGUUUAUCUUAAAAAUGCCAUUGAACCGAGAUGAUGAAUGGACAGGUCUUGAGUAUUUUUAUUGUGACAGUGUGGAUGAAUGCAAGAAAUUCGAUUUACAAGAUGACGAUGUAAAUGACAGUACAUCUCCACUAAUGAAAACACUCGAUUAGGUUAAUUUUAGUGAUACGAGUGUCAUUAGUAUGUUAUGGAGCGACUAGCCAAAACAUAAAGUGCAUCAUUCAAAUCAUGCUCAUUCAAAGGGAAUUAUGAGUGCAAGUUUAGUUGGAACUAAAAAUGCGUUUAUUAUCUCCCAUUCAACACCAAGAUUCCCAAAACUAGAUGAUAAUGGAAAAGUAGAUACCAAUGUAGAGAACAAUUUUCCUAGAAACGGCUAACAUUUUUUGUGUUUUUCAACAACUACAGAUGCCAUAAAUGACGAUUUAGCUGAUAUGUAUUACCAAGCUGAAAUCUUGAUAGACUAGGUUAGUUCUACUCCUAAGAAGAAUACAUUUUUAGGUACAGAUAAAUAUACAGCUUUAUAAAACUUAUGGUACUCUAAAUUACCUGGAAAGGGUGAAACACGUCAUCGUUAUUCUCAAGAUGCUGAUCAUAGUCACACAGUAUUUACCACAAGAGGAAAUCAGAAAUUUAAAGUUUUUGCACAAAAUCCUAAGUAUGGCCAAGAUAUCUACUCUGAACUGAUAGUAGGAGAACUUAUGCAAAAUUUGAUUAUGGAGACAUGGGUCAGACGACCUAAAGCAGCGGGUCUGGAAAAACCAGUAUGCGACACUUAUGAAUCUUCUUCUAAUGAAAAAGUAUCCUAUUCUGGAAAAACUGCAGGUGGUGACACAAUUACGUUUGAAUAUUCCUACACUAAAGAUCAUUCGAAAUAUGGAAUAACUUAACCAAAAGAAGUUGCAUCCGCCUCAAAAGGAGGAUCGUUUAUCGCAACAGAUUAUUCACAUCCAUCUUUGAAUGGUUAAAUCUUAGUAAGUGGAAAGCACCUAAGAAAAAAGAGUCUAGAAGAAGAAGAUAUCUAAUUAGGACAAGGAGGAGGAGGAGGAGGAGAAACAUCUUCUGGCAUGGAAGUUGAUACUAAACCCACUACCACAAAGAGGAAAGCAGGUGAUGACGAUGAUGAUGAUGAGGAUUCAGCUCCUCCAGCAAAAAGAAAGGCAGCAGAGAAAGAGGAUAAAUAUGUUUGUGUCAGUGAUUUGAAUAGACAGGAAUCUUAGUGGCAUCGAGGAGGACUUGUCUACUGUUUUUAUAAUGAGCAUUUAUGGAAACAUAUUGAUACCGCAUUUAUUGGAAAAGAUCGUUGUUGAGAAAAUUGAUUAUGCAAUACACAAUAAAACAUUCAUUAAAUUCA